AUGAAGCUCUCCAUGCUCAUCUUCAUCUUCCUGUGUUUUCUCUCUUUUCUCUUCCAGCAUUCUCACUCCACCACAAUACUAGUAGAUGGGGUUGCAGAGUGGAAAAAUCCCACUGUUCAUUUUUUAAGCACAAGUAUCAGCACAACCUCUACAUUUUCCAGAACCAAAAAAGCCUUCAAUCUCUGCAAUUUCACUCAAGCCACACUUCUUAACAAACCUGACUCCACCUCCUUCACGUGGCACCCAUCACGCCCUGGUUUCUUCUACUUUGCCUUCAACAAUGGCUCUAUGCUCAAAACAUGCCAAGAGACCCAAAAGCUGGCUAUCAGAGUCUCCUCCUCUUCCUCAGCAGCAGCACCACCAGGAAGUUCAAGUUCAACAACAACUUCUCCACAGCUUCCUCCAAUGGCUUCCCCAACACCAAGCUCGGGUGGAGGAGGAGCAGUGUCAUCUUCUCCAUCAUAUCCAUGGCCAUUCCACCCUCGCCAAGUUUCCUUCUCUCCCAGCCCACAACCAAGCGUGAGUUCUUCAGUGGCUGUACCAGACAAAGGUGGUGGUGGUGGUAUGCCAUUUAUUAACAGCAACCCUGCAGUUCCUCUGCCUACUGGUGAAGUUGACUCUGCUACAAUACGUCCUUUACCAACUUCUGGCCACCAGGGGCAGGUUCUUGAUCUCAUUAAAUUUGUUCAUUUGUAA